GGGCUGGAGGGGCGGGGCCGGGCCAGCCCCGCCCGCUUCCGCCCCGCGCCGCGCUCGGCCCGGCAGAGCGGCUUCCGCCCGGCCCGAGCAUGACCCAGGCGGAGAAGGGCGAGGCGGAGAACGGCAAGGACAAGGAGCGCGACCGGGAGCGCGAGCAGCGCGGCGUGAAGCGCCCCAUCGUCCCCGCCGCCGUGCCCGAGUCCCUGCAGGAGCAAAUACAGAGCAACUUCAUCGUGGUGAUCCACCCCGGCUCCACCACGCUGCGGCUCGGGCGGGCCACGGACACGCUGCCCGCGGGCAUCCCGCACGUGAUCGCGCGGCGGCACAAGCAGCAGGGCCAGGCGGCCUACAGGGACAGCUGGCUGCUCCGCGACGGCCUCAACAAACCUGAAAGUACUGAGCAGAGACAAAAUGGCCUUAAAAUGGUGGACCAAGCAAUAUGGUCCAAGAAGAUGUCAAAUGGAGCAAGGCGCAUACCAGUGUCACCUGAUCAGGCCAGGUCGUACAACAGACAGAUGAGGCCUGCCAUUUUGGAUCACAGCUCUGGGGCCAAGUGGACAAACACAUCAAAUCAUCCUGAAUUUUUGGUAGGAGAGGAGGCACUGUAUGUUAAUCCAUUAGAUUCUUAUAACAUACAUUGGCCCAUUAGAAGAGGGCAGCUGAAUCUCCACACAGGACCUGGUGGCUCCCUCACUGCAGUACUGGCAGACCUGGAAGUUAUAUGGUCAUAUGCAAUACAAAAAUACCUGGAAAUACCACUGAAAGACCUAAAGUACUACAGAUGCAUUUUACUAAUUCCAGACAUCUAUAAUAAACAGCAUGUGAAAGAACUGGUAAAUAUGAUCCUAAUGAAGAUGGGCUUCUCAGGAAUUAUUGUACACCAGGAGUCUGUCUGUGCUACCUUUGGAAGUGGUUUAAGCAGUGCAUGUAUUGUAGAUGUGGGAGAUCAGAAGACAAGUGUCUGCUGUGUAGAAGAUGGUGUUUCCCAUCGCAACACCAGGCUGUGCCUUGCAUAUGGAGGAUCUGAUGUGUCAAGGUGUUUUUAUUGGCUUAUGCAAAGAGCAGGAUUCCCAUACAGAGACUGUCAGUUAACUAAUAAAUUGGAUUGCCUUCUGCUUCAGCACCUGAAGGAGACAUUUUGUCAUCUAGAUCAGGAUAUUUCUGGGUUACAAGAUCAUGAGUUCCAAAUUCGGCAUCCGGAUUCUCCAGCCUUAUUGUACCAGUUCCGAUUGGGGGAUGAAAAAUUACAGGCACCCAUGGCUCUGUUUUAUCCAGCAACUUUUGGAAUUGUUGGACAAAAGAUGACAAUUUUGCAGCACAGGUCACAAGGUGACCCUGAGGAUCCUCAUGAUGAACAUUAUCUGCUAGCCACACAAAGUAAGCAGGAGCAGUCCUCAAAAGCUACAGCUGACAGAAAAUCUAUGUCAAAGCCUGGUGCAUUUGAGGGAGAAUUGAGAGGCCAAUCCUCAGACAUUUCAGAGAGGAUCUACCCACAAGAAGUGGAACUGGGAUCUUCCCAGGGUGACUGUAUGAUACCUGGCAAUGAUUCAGAGGAACCUCUAACUGCACACAUGUCCAGGAAAACUGCUGUUUCUCAGUUUGAAGGCAAAGCCUUGGGCCUGGACAAAGCCAUCCUUCACAGUAUCGACUGCUGUGCGUCUGAUGAUACAAAGAAGAAGAUGUACAGCUCUAUCUUAGUAGUGGGAGGCGGCCUUAUGUUUCAUAAAGCUCAAGAGUUUCUUCAACACAGAAUUCUCAACAAAAUGCCACCUUCUUUCAGAAGAGUUGUUGAAAAUGUUGAAGUCAUCACAAGGCCUAAGGAUAUGGACCCACGAUUAAUUGCCUGGAAAGGAGGGGCAGUUUUGGCCUGUCUGGACACAACUCAGGAGCUGUGGAUAUACCAGAGGGAGUGGCAGCGUUUUGGUGUCAGGAUGCUACGGGAGCGAGCUGCCUUUGUCUGGUAAUGGAGGUGCUUACAGAGGGACCUGCAGGAACUGCACUGAGGAUUCCCUUCCCCAAAAGGACUGCCCUUUUUUUCCAAUGCACACAAAUUCAUCUUCUGCUGAUAUAUAUAUUUUGUAUUUUAUUAACUUCAAUUGAGAUUUUUCUGGAAGUGUUGUAAAAAAUCGAAAAACUUACUGAAUUCAUUUGACUUCAGCUACCCUUUGUCUUUAAACUGUAUGCAUUGAAUGCUGCAUACAGAGUAUGACUGUCAUCUCCAAAGUAACUAUAUUUAUAUUAUACAGGUUAUAUAUAUUAAAAUUGCACCAUGUAGGAACUUAAGGUAUAAAAUAUUACAUGACAGUUUUAAGCCAAGAUUCAUUCCAGAAACAUGCACACAUAAGCAACAGUUGAAGAGUGCAGCUGUGGAUUUAAUGUAAUAUUCUGAUUCCUACUCUAAUGUUACCAGGAGAUGAAGUUGUUAUAUAAGUGAUCAUUAGGGUAAAAGUGAAAUGAAGAACUAAAACUACACUCAUUGUUUGUAUUUUACUUAAGUAAUAAAUUAUUUUAUUUAGUGGAAAGACAAAGAA